UUUAUGAUUCUUGCUGCUGCUGCCUCGGCACACAUGCAAAUCAACUACCCUUGCCCCCGUUUCUCGCCUCACUGCGCAACCACUCCGGUCCUCCCUCCUGGCGAGUCUCUCAACUACAAUCUGGCCAGCCCAAUCGGCUCUGGCGGUGAUAUCCUCGCUCCUCUAUGCCACUCGCAGACCGCCUGGCCUCAGGUCAACGAGAAGUGGACUGCCGGUCAAUCCAUCACUGUCAAGUUCGCUCAAGGAGGCGCUGCUCACGGCGGUGGCCACUGCGAGUUCUCGCUGUCGUAUGAUGGCGGCAAGACCUUUGUCGUCAUCCACCAGGAGCUGAAGUACUGCUUCGUCGGCAGUGCUUCGUCUAGCAACACCGCAAACACUCUUAGCUACACAUUCAACCUGCCUUCGGAUCUGCCUGGCACCGAUCACGCUGUGUUUGCCUGGUCGUGGGUUAAUGCUGUUGGCAAUCGCGAGUUCUACAUGGAUUGCGCCGAUGUCUCAAUCUCAGGAUCCUCAAAGUCGUUCACAGGCAAGGAGAUGACGAUUGCCAACUAUGGUUCCAACUACCCUACCAUUGGUGAGUUCAAUGGCAACUAC